UCCUCCUUCCUCUCCCCUGACACGCUCUCUCCAGCUGCAGCACUUGUUGAAUUCAGCCCAAAAAGGAGAGAGGGAGAGAGACAGAGAGAGAGAAAGAGAGAGAAUCGCAGUGCUUUUUUCUCUCUGGUGCAAGCGUGUGAAAGCUACAUGCUCUGGCUCCAUUUUACCUUCUGCCUCUGGAUCGAGCAGCGCAGAUGUUUGUCACGCUGCACUGAAGCUCCGCGCCCUCCUCCUCCUCCUCGUCCUCCUCCGCCAUGUCCCAGCUGCUGCACGUGGAGAUCCCCAACUUCGGGAGCACGGUGCUGGGCAGCCUGAACGAGCAGCGGCUCCUGGGCCAGUACUGCGACGUGUCCAUCGUGGUGAAGGGCCAGGCCUUCAAGGCGCACCGCGCCGUGCUGGCGGCCAGCAGCCUCUACUUCCGCGACCUGUUCAGCGGCAGCGCCAAGACGCAGUUCGAGCUGCCGUCCUCGGUGGCGCCCGCCUGCUUCCAGCAGAUCCUGUCCUUCUGCUACACGGGCAAGCUGACCAUGGCGGCCAGCGAGCAGCUGGUGGUGAUGUACACGGCGGGCUACCUGCAGAUCCAGCACAUCGUGGAGCGCGGCAUGGACCUGAUGUUCAAGGCCAACUCGCCGCACUGCGACUCCCAGACGGCCGCCGCGGAGGACCCCGGGUCCGAGCCGCAGAGCCCCAGCGCCCACCCGGCCUCCGUGCUGGGCCCGCCCGGGUGGUCGCCCUCGGUGACGGGCGGGGCGCGGCGGAUCAAGCUGGAGGGCUGCGAGGCUCCGCUGGGGCUCCAGCAGGGCGUCGGCGGCGGCGGGCACAAGCGGGGCGGGGCCGGGGAGGGCGGGGUCCUCGGGGGCCGGCUGGCGCGCGCGGGGGGCGGGGUCUCGCUCUUCUACGCGGGGGCGUUCCCCGGCGCCCAGCCGUACCCCCAAAACCCCGGGGAGAGGUCCAGCCCCGGCGCCUCCAGCCUGCCCACCACCGACAGCCCCACGUCCUACCAGAACGAGGACGAGGAGUUUGAGGAAGAGCCGUACGACGUCGUCGGCGACGAGGCCUACGGCCAGAUCUACGGCCGCUCCGCCAACCACUACGGCGUCCCGGACAAGUCGGACGUGGCGGCCAUGCCGCUGUCGCUGGAGAGCCGGUCCUGCGUGCUGAUUCGCCGGGACCUGGUGGCCCUGCCCGCCAGCCUCAUCAGCCAGAUUGGGUACCGCUGCCACCCCAAACUCUACACCGAGGGGGACCCCGGAGAGAAGCUGGAGCUGGUGGGAGGUACCGGGGUGUUCAUGACCCGAGGGCAGCUGAUGAACUGUCACCUGUGCGCCGGAAUCAAGCACAAAGUGCUUCUGCGUCGCCUUCUUGCCACCUUUUUCGACAGGAACACGCUGGCCAACAGCUGCGGGACGGGCAUCCGGUCCUCCACCAGCGAUCCGAGCCGGAAACCGCUGGACAGCCGCGUUCUCAACGCUGUCAAACUCUACUGUCAGAACUUCGCGCCCAACUUCAAGGAGAGCGAGAUGAACGUGAUCGCGGCGGACAUGUGCACCAACGCCCGGCGCGUGCGGAAGCGCUGGCUCCCCAAGAUCAAGUCCAUGCUGCCGGACGGGAUGGAGGCGUACCGGGGCGGGGCGGGGGCGGGGCUGGGGGCGGGGCUGGGGCUGGGCGUGGGCGGGGCCCAGGCGGCGGGGGGACCGCCCCUGCCCUUCGAGGCGGAGUUCAAGUCCCUGGCCGCCUCGGGCCUGACGCUGGAGCAGCGCCUGUACGGCGAGCUGCGCAAGGAGGCCCUGAGGACUCACCUGCGGCUGGACGGGGACAGCCCCGGGCCGGAGGCCGGCGCCGGCGUGGGCGGCGGCGUUGGGGCCGAAGGGGCGGAGCCACGGCUGGGCGGGGCCCCGGGGGAGGAGGAGCCCGAGGACGAGGAGGAGGAGGAGGAGGCCGCGCUGGAGACGGCGGAGGGCGCCGCCGCCGCCGCCGCCGGGGGGGGCGGGGCCGGCCCGCUGGGGCCCGGGGUCGAGGUGGGCACUGGGGGAGGGGGCGGGUGUCGGCCCUGCACCCCGGAAGGACAGAAGGGGGACGAUUUUGGGGAGGGGCUGCGAUUAAACGGGCAGUGAGCGCCUACGCCCCCCCUAUCGCAGCAUAACCCCCCCCCCACACACACACACACACACACACACUUCUCCCUGACUCCACCCGCCAUAGGGAAGUCCUCAGCGUAUUACUCCACACUAGCAGAACACAGACCCACACUACAGACCACAGACGUGCACUGACCUUUCCCCCCAAACACUGCGGACACAGGCAAGGCAAGAGAGAGACCAGGCCAGCACUUCCAUACCCCAGAGAGUACCUAUUUGGCACUUGUUCUGACUUUUUUACACUAAUGCUAACAAAAAAACAAAAACGGUAUUUCCUUAGCUAACCCCUGUUAUUAAAAACAAACAAAAAAAACGUCAUCUGUGAAGAUCGGGACAGCGUUACGCGGAUGGGACACAGACUGGAGCGCGUAUGAUCUUUAGGUGCCUUCGAGAAUCCAUCCGAGCAGGAUAAAGGCCGAAAUGACGUUGAGCUGAAUAAAAGAUGUCUUUUUUUUCCUGUAGAAACGUGGCGUAAAUCUAGCGUAGUGGGGGAGAAAGAAGAGUCGCAUUAGGAGGACGGUAAUGUGCUCGCUGGCAGGCGGGCGCGGCUACGUGGGGAUUCUGCUCGGAUGAUCGCUCUGGCUGCGGAAAAGCUGACGCCCGGAGAGAAUUUAUUCUCCGAAAAAGCGCGUACUGCGGCUGGUAUAAUUGCCGGUUGUGCGGUCGUUUAUGUGAUUUAGAUGAUAAUUGACGUUCGUUUCGGUUCCCACCAGAACCACGGCUCUUUUGUGAGAACGCCAAACUGUGCGUGUGCGCGUGACGGGCAGAGCUGGCUGGUCCAAAUUGUCUCUCAGGAGAGAGUCAAAAAAGCGUUUUUUUUUGUGUGUAAGUUUGCUUAAGAGCUCUGCAGAAGAACAGGGAGCUGCGAUAGCGGAGAUGAAGAUCGUCUCUGUGCGGUUUCGAAACCGCGCAGAGCUUGGUUACCUGCCAUGCCUGUGUCUGCAUGAACACGUUCGUUUGGACAUGAAACGCACUCACACAUACCAAACCCACAUGCCCACACACGCGUGUAACUACUCGCGCACACACACACACAAGUACGCAUACCAAACCCACAUGCCCACACAUGCAUGUACCUAUUCGCACACACACACAAGCACACAUACCAAACCCACAUGCCCACACACGCAUGUACCUACUCACACACACACACACACACACACACACAAGCACACAUACCAAACCCACAUGCCCACACACGCAUGUACCUACUCGCACACACACACACACAGACACACACCCCAUACAUCCUUCUCGUUAUCACUGGUGUAGAUGCACGGAAUAAUCCAACAUGACAGAAAACUGCCCUUGCAGUACCCCGCACGUCUUCAAGGAAUAAAUAAUCGUAAAUUCCAGGACUAACCACACACACACACACACGCACGCACGCACGUGGGACACACCCGUGCGCGCGUACCCACACACCACACACACAAAAAAAAAAAAUGCUUGCAUGCAAAAUGAAUAGAGAAUAAAAAGAACCAAUCACUAACUAACCUGCAAAAAGAAAAAGAGAAGAAAAAAAACUGCAGCUGCCUGGAGAAGCAACAUUAACAUUGUAAAGACUUUUCUUCUGUUAAGACUUGUGGGCGGGGUCAGGCUGGGUCGGACGGCAGGGUGAGCUGGCAGCUAAUGAGGGGGCGGGGCCUGGAGCGUGGGCGGAGCCUGGGGCGUGGGCGGGGCCUGGGGCGUGGGCGGGGCCUGGGGCGUGGGCGGGGCCUGGGGGAGGGAGGGGAGGGGUGCCGUUGUUCCACUGUGCUACCGAGGAGGGAUCAGCACUACGGUCGGGGUUCAUCCUGCGUGGACUCUGGGUGCUCAGUGCCUUCUCCACCAUUUUGUUUUUCCUUUUUUUUUUUCCCCCCUUUUGUUUUGUAUUGAAAAUAAGAAAAUACACACACAAAAAAAAAACGAAUCCUGCUGGCUUAACGCAUUUGCACUUGGAGAGAGGAACGGAGACUUUCUGAGGACGAACUAUGGAGAAGCAUGAGUUGACUUUUUUCAUGUGGGGGGUCGGGGGUCGGGGGGUGGGGUGGGGGCGCGCGCGUAGGGUGAGGAGGGGGAGGGGGGCGGGAAGAGCAGCCGACGCAGCCUUUCGCCGACGACCGGCCUGCUUUUUCCCCACUUUGUCGGAGCUGCGGCAGGCGAAACGGCCCCAGCCUUCGUGGACGGCGACUGUUGUUUCUGAGCAAAGGGUCGUUCGGUAGAAAACCUCGAUUGCACAUUCUUGUUAUGAUUGUUUUGUUUUGGGUUUUUUUUCCCCUACAAACAGUGGUUCAGUGAUGGGUUAUGAACAGCCUUGAACGGCUGCCGGGGAAACCAGGCAGACAUGCGGAUUAUAUUUGGGGUGAAAUUAUAGGGAACGCCCGGCAAAGACCCAUGUAUUUAUGGUUUAUGCGUAUAUUACUUAAUCAUGCUAAAAUAGGCUUUAAAGCAAAAAAAAAAAAAAAACUAAACCCUGACCUAUAUAUGCGCAUAUUUCAUCAUGUAGAAAUGCAUGUACUUGCUAGUCAUAUAUUUUGAACGUAUGUGCCAUAUCAAAAAAAUAGCACUUGAGGUAUAUUUCCAGAAUAUGGUUCUUCCAUUGGAAAAAAAAGAGAAGACAGUGUGUGACGCUGAGGUUAAUUGCACUAAGAAGUUGUGGAAAAGUUUACAGAAGUUUUACUGUGAGAGAAUACUGUCCUGAUAUGUUCAUCCUGUGGGAACAGUGAGUGAAGGGGAAGGGGGGGGGGGGGCGGGGGUGUUUUGUGUAAAAAUUAUAUAGGCAAAAUUCAUAGAAUUAUUUCCAUAGGCGUCAGCCUGUCAGAGAUACCCAUGAGAAAUGAUUAAAGUUUUUCAAUGGGAGCACACAAAAAAGUCAAUUAUAAAAUAUAUGUCUUGAUAUAUUUACAAAUAUACAGUAUGAAAUAUCUAGAUAAACGAUUGCCACUUUCACAAGGUAUUACGAUUUGCCUAAUUUUACAGGGUAUUCUAUAAUUUGCAAAUGGAAUUUGGGGCAAUUAAGAAAUUAAGCAGUGAUUUCUUAUUUUAUAUGUAUGCAACAUACUUUGAAAUUAAUCUUUAAAAUGUAAUUUAGAGACUGAUAUGAAAAUGAGCGCCGAAUAUUUUGGAAAGACUGGAGGAGUGAUUGGCUGGUUUUCUGUUCUCUCGCACGCAGAAUUAUUAUAGCUGAAUGGAGCGGUUUUUAUAGCAGUCUGAUUAGAAGGGGCUGUGGAGUGGUCUAUCAGAGGUCAGAGGUCACUGGCCCCAAAGUUCACUGAUUUGACCGAAGGAUCCCAUCUUUGCUCAGAGUUACUCAGAGGGACCCCCCGGCCAUUUUGUGUACUUUCAGAUUUUUUUUAGGGUAUGAAAAAACUGCCUAAUCAUCUUUCCUUUCCCUUUCCCCAAACUCUUGGCUGUUCUUGCAAUGUUUUACCUUAGGAAGGAGAGCCAGUACAAAGAUUGGCUAUCCGUUUUUUGUUCUGGUUUUGUUUUUUUUCCAAGGGGCUGGUUUGUGUGGGCAUAAUCUCUUGUCUACUGAGGGUGAGAGAAUGGUCUUUGGCCAGCCAUUGCAAUACUGUGUGUUGGUGUGUUGAGGGGUGGGAAGGGGGUGGUGUUGGGGGUUUGGGGGGAGAAAUAGUGUGCCUUAAAUUCCUUGGAUAUUGAGAGUGUUGGACCGGAGGCCUGUAUUUGGGUGUGUUCCCAUGGUCACUGUAGGCUGGAUCCAUGUAAUGCGCAGUGUGCAAAUGGCUCCACCAUUUAACAUUUUAUAUGCAUAUGGAGGGUAUAAGCGGAUUGUGCGGCCUGCUGUUUUGCUGGUAUCUAAGAAGUUUAUUGGAAAAGGGUGACGCGGAGGAUGUGGGUAUCGCCAUGAUGCAUUUCUAUGGAAACGGCGGUACUUUCUGUUUGACUGACAAUGGAAAGUGACUCAGGCCUUGUACUGUGUGGCAGAAUUCUCCAUUCAUGAAUGUCCUAUUGCACAAAAACAGGUGUAAACAGGUGGUGGGGGUGGGGGGUGGGGGGGGGGGGACAUGACAGCAAAUAGUGUGACUUGCUGCAUUGGCGUGGGCCUGCUAUUGGUCUACAGCUUCAGAAUGGCUUUGAUUGACACUGAACCGCAAGGCCGUUGGCACGUGGGGGCGUCUUUGCCGUUGCCGUGGUCGGAUGAAUUCCAUUGCUUAGCGACGGUAGCGUGGUACCGCGCAGGGUUAAGGAGAGACAGAGUUGUGCCCGUGAGGGACUCUGAUCUAACCUGAAUGUAGCUCAGGCCACUUCAUUCUUUUUGAAAACAGGAAAUAUUCGUGGGUCUUUUAUGUGGGGUUGAUCCCCGGGACCCACCAGGUUCUAAAUUCACAAAGCAUUGUGGGGGGGGAGGGGGGGGAAAGGAAGAACUACCCGAACCAAAAUGAUCACCACAAUGCUGACAUCACAGACAGACUGGUGACACUAAAUUUGAGCAAUGAAGUACACCGAUUACUUACGAGCCCCCGGAGUGCUUUUCAGCAAGUUCUUUAUCUUUCUUUAAUAUGCCUUCUUUGGAACAUGUACACGAAACACUCAAGUGUUUAUUUCCUGCUUUCCUGUAUUUAGGCCCCGCCUAUAUUUACUCGCCAUAGCAACAUAGCUAACCAUAAAGUUAUUUCAUAAAGCUGUUUCGCCAAUGUUUAUUUUCAUAAGGUUAGUCUGGGGAAUGAAAGCGAAUGAUAUUAGACUAGCAUCUGAGAGAGUGAGAGAGACGUUUGGAGAAAAAUCCUUGUAGACCAAGAUGGACUGAGCGUUGUUUGUAUUUUGAAAAGCUUUUUAAUCAAUGGCUUCCAGACUUUUCAAUGCGUAUACUUUAGUCGCUCUAAUAGUACGGCCAACAGGUUUGUGCAGAUUACGGUCACGCCCCUUUUUGCUGUAUGACAGCAGAAAGGUGGGUGGAGCCAGUGAAACAGUGCUUUGAUUACUGAUGUGGGUGGAGCCUGUUAGACAGUGCUUUGAUUACUGAUGUGGGUGGAGCCUGUUAGACAGUGCUUUGAUUACUGAUGUCGGUGGAACCUGUUAAAGAGUGCUGUGAUUACUGAUGUGGGUGGAGCCUGUUAGACAGUGCUUUGAUAAUUCAUGUGAAAUCUGUAGACCUUUGCUUUGUCUGAUCAUGGGCAAUUGGUUUUGGGGGGGUUGGGGGGGGGGGUAAAGAGUAGACCAGGGUGCAAGCCAUUGAGUGUGAGUUUCAAGAACCUCAGCGCUUGCUGUUGAUCGUUCCUAGAUUCAAUUGAGCCCAAUCUCCGUGUUCGUCAUUGUUAUGCUUUUAGGGUCCUGAGUAAGAGAUUCAAACCCGCAGCUCCAGUCUGUUUGUCCUGAGUGUGGGGACUGGUGGAAUCUAAAAUUCUGCUGUGUUCAUCCAUGCUUUGGUCCCUCAGUGUUCUCAUGGGCAGAACGGCAAACGAUCAGAGCAAAGUGUAUCACUGUCCGAAAUUCAAAACUGACAGAGUGAAAGCUGAAUUGUGAGUGACUUUGUCAUGUGACAGAGAUGGGGCUCUCAGUUCGGUGACUGCACUUGUACUCCAAGCCCUGGUACUGGCAGCUUUGGUCACCAGGUUUGCAAGGUAUUCCAAGGCCAUUGUCGCAUGUGUCUUAGCAGGCACGUAAUAUGUAGUAAUAUGUUUGCCCACGUCUUUAUCCCUUGUCAUAAAAUGGUGGCCCUUUUUAAAAAAAAAAUGCAAAUGAGAGGUGGUGGUGGUGGAGAGGCAUGGAGAGGUGACCUUUGAAGCUGUGUGCUCGGUUGACAAUCAGAGAAGGAAAGACCACGUGCAGAACUUGUGCUUUGGAGACAUGGGCACCCGUGGGCCCGGCCUUGUGGCCCCUUUAGCUGUGCUUGCCCUGCUGGGGCCCCUGUGGACCCAAAUUCUGUGGCAUGGUCCACUCUGGUCUUUGUUCAUUCCUCGGUUACUAAAGGCAGGGGACCCCAAAACCUGGUCCUGGAGAGCACUACGGUCUGCAGGUUGUCUUUCUUGUCCAACGUUUCAUUGGUCAAUUAAAGCAGUUAACUCACAUUACUUGGUUUCGUGGGUCUCUACCGUUUGCUGAUAUUGAGGUGAAAACAAAAACCUGGAGGCUCCGUGACUCUCCCGGAUCGGGGUCAGAGACACCUGCCUUGAGGUUUUGUGGCCAUGUCUCCCUUACUGAAAUACCUGACCACUUUCCAGUCAGGAGUCACACAGGCAGCGUUAAACUGGUUUAAUAAACAGAGGACUCUCAAAGCUCUUCUAUAUCUCUGUAUCUAGCUCACACAUAAUUUAUGCACAGUUAGCUCGCUUGCUCUAAGCCUAGAUACUUGCACAAUCACGGAACAUGGUUAAUAUUGAUAAUGAGCAGGCACUUUGUUAGCCGGUUAGCUCUACCUAUUACACAAACCUCUGUGGAGCUUUCAGUAUUUUCAUAGCCAGAUUCAACAACAUUGAGGUCAUAAAUUUACUGAACACUGUGCAGCCCCUUUAUAUUUCGGACCGCUCAACGCAAAUUGAAUGGACGCUCUUGGUGUGGUUUAAUCUGGCUGAGUUAAUACCAAAGGCUCCGUUGAGGCUUCCGUUCGGUUUAUUCCCCCUGUAGUUGGAAGAUAAUUGAGGGAGUGACGCCUGGUCCUUCCUCCGUCUCUCGUGAAGGGCUUCCUGCAGGGCGCAAGGGGCGGAGCAGGAAGUAGUUCAGUCAUCAGGAUCUGAACAUCUCUGUUUCCUGCGGGAGACUCUCCGGGGUGGGAGGUUCCACGCUGUCUUUUACGGGAUGGUUUUAUUGGCCCUUUGAAACUGAUUGACACCUUGAGUUUGGAAGUGAUCUGACUUGUUGUCCACAUAAAGACUUUCAUUGGUAGGAUAAAAGCUGGGAUUGGGAGGGAAAAACAAGUGAAAAUUGAGUGGAUCUUGCUGACAGGAGUUGUCAGUGCCAAGAGGUCACUGGACAGCAAAAUGGAGAAGGAGCAGUUUUAGUAUUUAGUGUAAGUCAGAAGGGGAACUCUUCAACAGCUUUACAGAAAAGAUAAAUAAAUAAAAAUAAACUAACUUAAAAAUAUGUCUGCGCGCCUUUUAACAGAAACAACAAAUAAGAGAAAUGCCGCUUCGGAUGCUAUGUAGAGGAUUGAUUCCUUCGAUUCCCUUCCCGCUGUGUUCUGUCUUCUCAAUGUAAUGUCCGCCACCUCCCCAGGAGACAACGUGUAGUUUAUGUGUAACUUUAUCUUUUUUCUUUUCAAAUGCAAUACUGAACAGUCUGCUUUCUAAUAAAACUCCUCACUUCA